AUUAUUAUUUAUUUUUAACGGGUUGAAGCCGGGAGACUGCCCUGCGUGGCACCCAGGACGCAGCAAGAUGGUCCGAGGAGGAGCAGGUUGCUGCGUGAAGGACGGCUCUCGUAAUCGGCGAUGCUCUCCCGCUGAAGAAGCCAUGAACAGGGAGGGGGACAAAGCGCCUUGUUGUAUUUCUUAAGGCGGCGGCAGCCCCGUCCCGUGUGAGGGAGCCGAGGGGAAUAAAGCGCAGGGAGCCAUUGAAAGCGAACUCUGCCUGGGGGCUGCUGCACGAUCGUCUCUUUUCCCCGGGCUUCGCAUGCCUGCAGCGAGGAGGACAUACCGUUGGCUUCUAGAAGUUGAGAGAAGACUUCUUGAAAUCUGAUCUUCAAUGCAAAAAUGCAGAUGUUGAUGCCUGAUCCUCAGAUUUAUGUUGAAAGGACCUUGGCAAUAAUUAAACCAGACAUCAUCGACAAAGAAGUAGAAAUAGAAGAUAUAAUUCUUAGAUCAGGAUUCACCAUUGUUCAGAAACGAAAGCUCCAGCUGAGCCCAGAGCAAUGUAGUAACUUCUAUGUAGAACAGUAUGGGAAAAUGCUGUUUCCUAACUUAACAGCAUACAUGAGCUCUGGGCCUUUAAUUGCGAUGGUUCUUGCUAGGCAUCAUGCUAUCUCAUACUGGAAGGAUCUGCUUGGGCCCUCAAGUAGCAUAGUAGCUAAGGAAACCUAUCCUGACAGUUUACGAGCAGUCUAUGGAACAGAUGAUCUGAGAAAUGGACUUCAUGGCAGUGCCAACUUUUCCUCAGCUGAGAGAGAGAUCCGGUUCAUGUUUCCUGAAGUGAUUGUUGAACCAAUCCCAGUUGGGCAAGCUGCUAAGGAUUACCUGAACCGCUAUGUCACUCCUACACUACUAAAAGGACUGACAGAGCUGUGUAAGAAGAAACCAGCAGAUCCUUUUACUUGGCUGGCUGAUUGGCUAAUUGAACAUAAUCCCAACACACCUAAACUGCGCCAUUUUGUGAUUGUGGAGGAGCCUUGAGAAAAAUUCAGAAUCUAAAUGUGUGAAAAGCUGUCCUUUAAAGCCAUAUUUUCACUACAUAUUUUCUCAUGUAUUUCUUACUAGUAUUGACAUUAAAUAAUAAAUAGUAUAUAAAUUGUGACAUA